CAAUGCAGUUAAGAAAUAAGAAAGAAGGAAAUAUGUGGAGAUGACGUUCACUUCAUUUCACCUAGAACUCCGCUUGCCUAAAAUGUGUAGAGCCGGUAACCCAGUAUAAAACCUCACCAAACCCAAACCCACACUGUCCACUUAUUCUCUGACUCUUACCCGAUAGCUGAAGCAUCAUUUUUCCUCCGCCUUAUACUCUUCCAGAGUCCAGAGCUAGCGAGAGGGAUGGCUUGCUCCGCUACUUCAACCACCGCGGCUCUCGUCUCCUCAAAUCCUAGGGCUUUCUCCCCCAAAUCCAACCGCAUUUCUCAAUCGCUUCCUCUCCCCAAUUCUUUCACCGGUCUCCGUGCCCCUCUCCUUUCUCGUGUCGCCCGCUCCGUUUCCCUCUCCCACAACUCCCAUUCUCGGAAGAGCUUCGUUGUCAAAGCCAGCAGUGAGCUUCCUCUGGUGGGAAAUACUGCUCCAGAUUUUGAGGCAGAGGCUGUCUUUGAUCAGGAGUUCAUUAAGGUCAAGCUCUCUGAAUAUAUUGGGAAGAAAUAUGUGAUUCUAUUCUUCUACCCAUUGGACUUUACAUUUGUUUGCCCCACAGAGAUUACUGCUUUCAGUGACCGCUAUGAAGAAUUUGAGAAGCUAAACACAGAAAUAUUAGGUGUUUCUACUGACAGUGUGUUCUCUCACCUUGCCUGGGUUCAAACAGAUAGAAAGUCAGGUGGUCUUGGUGAUUUGAAGUAUCCACUGAUAUCUGAUGUCACCAAGACAAUUUCCAAAUCCUAUCGAGUGUUGAUUCCUGAUCAGGGAAUUGCAUUGAGAGGGCUUUUCAUUAUAGAUAAGGAGGGAGUUAUCCAGCACUCUACUAUUAACAACCUUGCUAUUGGGCGGAGUGUUGAUGAAACAAUGAGGACACUCCAGGCCUUGCAGUAUGUGCAGGAAAACCCAGAUGAAGUUUGCCCAGCUGGGUGGAAACCCGGAGACAAAUCCAUGAAACCAGACCCUAAGCUCAGCAAGGAUUACUUUGCAGCAAUUUGAGCAUAGCAAAGAAGAAAGCAUUGUAUAUAUGUCCAUUAGGAAUGUCAAAUGAGUUUUGUUUUUCUAUGCAUCUUUUUAUCAUUAGCGAGCUUUGGAUAUUAAUGUCUGGGUAAUAAUCAAUCAUGUUUGGACUGGGCCUUUGCGCUUUUUUGGAUGCGUUUAUGUAGAAAACUCAAUCGUCCUUUUUUUCACCCACUUUAAUUUUACGAAGCACAUCAUUCAUCUUUGCU